AUGUCUACUCUCGCGCACACCACGAAUCCGUUCUUGGACCCGGAUAAGAACCCUAUUCUUCGCUUUCUGAUAAAACAGUCGUUUUACGCCCAAUUCUGUGCCGGAGAGAACCCACAUGAAGUGCGCCAGACAAUUGACGGAUUGAAGAAGAUUGGCUUCAGCGGCGUCAUUCUGGGUUAUGCAAAAGAAGUCGUGCUUACCGACGAGCAAACCAAAGACUUGGCAUCAUGCGGAGAAGGCGCCGCAGCGGAGGAAUGUAUCCGUACGGAGAUUGUCCCGUGGGCAGCGGGCACGAUGGAGACUGUCCGCCUAGCAUCACCUGGGGAUUUUGUUGCACUCAAAUUUACUGGCGCUGGCCGUCAAGCGCUCUACAACUUAUCCCAGCGUGACCCGCCAUCCCCGGCGCUCGCAGAUGCGAUUGACGGUAUUUGCAAGCUUGCCGCGGAGCGAGGGAUUCGCUUGCUCUUUGAUGCCGAACAACAGGCUGUCCAAUGGGGCAUUGAUGACUGGACCCUGGAAUAUAUGCGCAAAUACAACCGAGCAGGACCAUCUGGUGGUCCAAACAAGGCCAUCAUUUAUGGCACGUAUCAAGCGUAUCUGAAAUCCACUCCUGCCACCCUAUCGAGCCAUCUCCAUGCAGCACAGAAGGAGGGAUUUGCGCUAGGUGUGAAGCUCGUGCGUGGCGCAUAUCUCGGAUCAGAUCCACGACACCUCAUUCACGACACGAAAGCCGACACAGACGCCGCAUAUGAUGGAUUGGCCGAAGCACUAUUGCGUCGACAAUGGAGCGGACCGUUAUCGAGCUUUGCCCCUUCGGACGACUCGUUCCCAGGCGUUGAUAUGGUUCUCGCUUCGCACAAUGCCGAGACGGUUCGCAAGGCACGCGGCAUCCUCGAUGCGGGUGAACGGGGGACCGAGGUUGCGUUCGCCCAGCUACAGGGCAUGGCGGACGAGGUGAGCUGUGAGCUGCUUUGUGCUGUCAAGGCGAAGGAUGGCGAGCAAACUGCUAGCAUUGGAGAGGCAGCUGCAGAGCCGUCGAAUGAGUUCAAGCCUCGUGCUUAUAAAUAUCUUGUAUGGGGAUCCACUGGAGAGUGCAUGAAGUAUCUCCUUAGACGAGCGCAUGAGAACCGAGAUGCCGUGCAGAGAACCAAGAGCGGCAGGGAUGCGAUGAGAGCAGAGGUCUGGAGAAGAUUUAGAGGGGCGUUCGGCAUGGCUUAG